GGUUCUCGCUUAUGCCGUGUGUGUGGAAACUCCCAUGGGCUAAUCAGGAAGUAUGGUCUCAAUUGCUGCAGACAGUGUUUCCGUAGCAAUGCCAAGGAAAUCGGUUUCAUUAAGUACCGUUGAUGAUCGAUGUUUACACAGGAGCAUCGUGUCUUUUGGCCUUUCUCUAUCAAGGUGUGAAUCAAAAGUCGUGCCGUAUGAUUAUUCUGCAACCAUAGAGUGUCUAGAGAUACCUUUAAAACCACAGUACAAUGGAGGAAUCAUCGUAAACCCUGACCUACGAGAUGGUGGUUCCCUAGGCUGGACACCAUUCGGAAACGCGAAAGUCGAUUUCAGAAAAAUUGGAAACCAUAAUUUUGUUGUUGCACGAGACAGGAAACAACCUUAUGACAGUGUUUCACAGAAGGUUUAUUUGGAAAAGGGACUUCUCUACACUUUCUCUGCUUGGUUACAAGUAAGCAAAGGAAAGGCUCCUGUGAAAGCCGUUUUCAAGAAGAAUGGUGAAUAUAAGCAUGCUGGUUCGGUUGUUGCUGAAUCCAAAUGCUGGUCCAUGCUUGGUAUCUAUUUCAUGGCCUUAAUUAGCGAGGAUACAACGGUUGAGAUUUGGGUUGAUAGUGUCUCGUUACAACCAUUCACACAAGAAGAGUGGAACUCUCACCACGAACAAAGCAUUCAAAAGGAGAGAAAGAGAACAGUGAAAAUCAGAGCCGUGAACAGCAAAGGCGAGCCAAUACCAAAAGCAACCAUUUCCAUUGAACAGAAGAAACUCGGAUUCCCAUUCGGGUGCGAGGUAGAAAAGAACAUUCUUGGGAACAAAGCAUACCAAAACUGGUUCACUCAAAGGUUCACAGUGACAACUUUCGCGAACGAGAUGAAAUGGUACAGCACAGAAGUUGUAAGAGGCAAAGAGGAUUACUCAACGGCUGAUGCGAUGUUGCGAUUUUUCAAGCAGCAUGGGGUUGCUGUACGUGGCCACAAUAUUUUAUGGAAUGAUCCUAAGUAUCAACCUGGAUGGGUGAAUUCUCUGUCUGGUAACGAUCUCUACAACGCCGUGAAACGAAGGGUUUUCUCGGUGGUCUCACGAUACAAAGGCCAGCUUGCGGGUUGGGACGUUGUGAAUGAGAAUCUCCAUUUCUCUUUCUUUGAGAACAAGAUGGGUCCUAAAGCCUCAUAUAACAUCUUUAAGAUGGCGCAAGCUUUUGAUCCAACGACAACCAAGUUUAUGAAUGAAUACAAUACAUUAGAGGAAUCAAGAGAUUCAGAUUCUAGUCCAGCAAGGUAUUUACAGAAGCUUAGGGAGCUUAGAUCUAUCCGAGUUUGUGGAAACAUCUCGCUAGGGAUCGGCCUCGAGUCUCAUUUCAAGACUCCAAACAUUCCGUACAUGAGAUCAGCUCUUGACACUCUCGCUGCCACUGGUUUGCCUAUUUGGCUCACUGAGGUUGACGUCGAAGCUCCUCCAAAUGUCCAGGCCAAGUAUUUUGAGCAGGUCCUAAGGGAAGGCCACGCGCAUCCGCAAGUGAAAGGAAUAGUAACGUGGUCAGGUUAUUCUCCAUCAGGUUGCUACCGAAUGUGCCUCACCGAUGGAAACUUCAAGAACUUACCCACUGGAGACGUUGUGGACAAACUUCUCCACGAAUGGGGAGGCUUCCGCAGACAAACCACAGGUGUCACUGAUGCUGACGGAUACUUUGAAGCUUCUCUCUUCCAUGGGUGUGAAGAAAAAUCCGUCCCUUAUGAUUACUCGGCAACAAUAGAGUGUCUGGAUACCCCUUAUAAACCACAGUACAAUGGAGGGAUCAUCGUGAAUCCUGACCUGCAAAAUGGUUCACAAGGCUGGUCACAAUUCGGAAAUGCCAAAGUCGAUUUCAGAGAGUUUGGAGGCAAUAAGUUUGUUGUUGCCACACAGAGGAAUCAAUCUUCUGACAGCAUCUCACAGAAGGUUAACUUGGAAAAAGGAAUUUUCUACACUUUCUCGGCUUGGUUACAAGUAAGCAUAGGAAAAGCUCCCGUGAGUGCCGUUUUCAAGAAGAAUGGUGAAUAUAAGUAUGCCGGUUCGGUUGUUGCUGAAUCCAAAUGCUGGUCCAUGCUCAAAGGUGGUCUCACUGUUGAUGAAUCUGGUCCUGCUGAUCUCUACUUUGAGAGCGAGAACAAAACGGUUGAGAUUUGGGUUGAUAGCGUCUCUUUGCAACCUUUCACACAAGAAGAGUGGGACUCUCACCACGAACAGAGCAUUGACAAGGCAAGAAAAGGUGCCGUGAGAAUCAGAGUCAUGAAUAACAAAGGCGAGACGAUACCAAACGCAACCAUAUCCAUAGAACAGAAGAAACUUGGAUUCCCAUUCGGGUGCGCUGUAGAAAACAACAUACUUGGGAAUCAAGCAUACCAAAACUGGUUCACUCAGAGAUUUACCGUGACAACUUUUGGGAACGAGAUGAAAUGGUACAGCACAGAAAGAAUAAGAGGCCAGGAGGAUUACUCGACAGCUGACGCGAUGUUUAGUUUCUUCAAGCAACACGGGAUUGCUGUACGUGGCCACAAUAUUUUAUGGGAUGAUCCCAGGUAUCAACCUGGAUGGGUGAAUUCUCUGUCCCGUGACGAUCUCUACAACGCCGUGAAACGAAGGGUUUUCUCGGUGGUCUCGCGAUACAAAGGCCAGCUUACUGGUUGGGAUGUUGUGAAUGAGAAUCUCCAUUUCUCCUUCUUUGAGAGCAAGUUGGGGUCUAAAGCCUCUUAUAACACAUACGCAAUGGCCCAUGCCUUCGAUCCACGGACAACAAUGUUCUUGAAUGAUUAUAAUACGUUAGAGCAACCUAAUGAUAUAACUUCUUGUCCAGCAAGGUAUUUGGGAAAGCUUAGGGAGCUUCAAUCUAUUCGGGUUGCCGGAAAUAUUCCGUUAGGGAUAGGUCUUGAGUCUCAUUUCAGCACUCCUAACAUUCCGUAUAUGAGAUCAGCUCUUGAUACUCUUGGUGCCACUGGUUUGCCUAUUUGGCUCACUGAGGUCGACGUAGAUGCGCCUCCCAAUGUCCGGGCCAACUAUUUCGAGCAAGUUCUAAGGGAAGGCCAUGCGCAUCCGAAGGUGAAAGGAAUGGUGAUGUGGACUGGUUAUUCGCCAUCAGGUUGCUACAGAAUGUGCCUCACCGAUGGAAACUUCAAGAACCUACCCACUGGAGAUGUCGUGGACAAGCUUCUACGUGAAUGGGGAGGGCUUCGCAGCCAAACCACAUGUGUCACUGAUGCUAAUGGGUUCUUUGAAGCUUCACUCUUUCAUGGUGACUAUGAUCUUAAUAUAUCUCAUCCUCUCACCAAUUCAAAAUCUUCUUACAACUUCACGUUGACUCCUGAUGACUCCUCUCCAAAGACCCAACCAUCUCUAUUUGUCCUGUGUGUGAGGAAACUCCCAUGGGAUAUCCAUGAGCAUCGUUGGUGUCUGGAUACCCCUUAUAAACCACAGUACAAUGGAGGGAUCAUCGUGAAUCCUGACCUGCAAAAUGGUUCACAAGGCUGGUCACAAUUCGGAAAUGCCAAAGUCGAUUUCAGAGAAUUUGGAGGCAAUAAGUUUGUUGUUGCCACACAGAGGAAUCAAUCUUCUGACAGCGUAUCACAGAAGGUUUACUUGGAAAAAGGAAUUCUCUACACUUUCUCGGCUUGGUUACAAGUAAGCAUAGGAAAAUCUCCGGUGAGCGCCGUUUUCAAAAUAAAUGGUGAAGAUAAGCAUGCCGGUUCGGUUGUUGCUGAAUCCAAAUGCUGGUCCAUGCUCAAAGGUGGUCUCACUGUUGAUGAAUCUGGUCCUGCUGAACUCUACUUCGAGAGCGAGGACACAACGGUUGAGAUUUGGGUUGAUAGCGUCUCUUUGCAACCAUUCACCCAAAAAGAGUGGAAGGCUCACCAGGAACAGAGCAUUGACAAGGCAAGAAAAGGUGCCGUGAGAAUCAGAGUCGUGAAUAACAAAGGCGAGAAGAUACCAAACGCAUCCAUUACCAUAGUACAGAAUAGACUCGGAUUCCCAUUCGGGAGCGCUGUAGCACAGAACAUACUUGGGAAUCAAGCAUACCAAAACUGGUUCACUCAAAGAUUCACCGUGACAACAUUCGAAAACGAGAUGAAAUGGUACAGCACGGAAUCUGUAAGAGGCAUAGAGAAUUAUACGAUCGCGGACGCGAUGUUGAGAUUCUUCAAGCAGCACGGCAUUGCUGUACGUGGACACAAUGUUGUAUGGGACCACCCUAAGUACCAAUCUAAAUGGGUUACUUCUCUGUCACGUAACGAUCUCUACAAUGCAGUGAAAAGAAGGGUUUUCUCGGUGGUCUCGCGAUACAAAGGCCAGCUUGCCGGUUGGGAUGUUGUGAAUGAGAAUCUGCAUCACUCCUUCUUUGAGAGUAAGUUUGGUCCUAACGCCUCUAAUAACAUCUUCGCAAUGGCGCAUGCCAUCGAUCCAAGGACAACAAUGUUCAUGAAUGAAUUCUAUACAUUAGAGGACCCUACGGAUCUGAAAGCGAGUCCAGCAAAGUAUUUGCAGAAGCUUAGGGAGCUUCAAUCUAUUCGGGUUAGUGGAAACAUUCCAUUGGGGAUCGGUCUUGAGUCUCAUUUCAGUACUCCUAACAUUCCGUACAUGAGAUCAGGACUUGAUAUUCUUGGCGCCACUGGUUUGCCUAUUUGGCUCACUGAGAUCGACGUUAAAGCUCCUUCCAAUGUUCAGGCCACGUAUUUUGAGCAAGUCCUAAGGGAAGGACAUGCGCAUCCACAUGUGAAAGGAAUGGUGAUGUGGACUGCUUAUUCACCAAGUUGCUACCAUAUGUGCCUCACUGAUGGAAACUUCAAGAACCUACCCACUGGAGACGUUGUGGACAAGCUGCUACGUGAAUGGGGAGGGCUACGUAGUCAAACCACUGGAGUCACUGAUGCUGAUGGAUUCUUUGAAGCUUCACUCUUUCAUGGUGACUAUGAUCUCAAUAUAUCUCACCCUCUCGCCAAUUCAAAAGCUUAUUACAACUUUACGUUGACUUCUGAUGACUCCUCUUCACAGACCCAACCAUCAAUUUUUGUCUUUUCUGUUUGAGAUGCUAAGUUUACAACUACUUUGUAUUUGAGUAGUUUGAUUCUUAGUGAAAAAAUGUGGCAGAUAGUCUAUUUUGAAUUAUACUUGUGUGAGAGGAUCCUUUCAUGAGCAUCAUCAUUGGGUUGGUUUCCUUGAUGUAUUGUAAUGGAUUUAUUAUCAAUAAAAUUGAACUUUCUCU